UGGGGAGUCUUGGGCCACGCAACCGUCGCCUAUGUUGCGCAGCACUAUCUGAACUCUGCCACUGCAUCAUGGGCCCAGGGAGUUCUCAACGACACCUCCAGCUCUUACUUGGCCAGCAUCGCCUCAUGGGCUGACACUUACCGCACCACCACAGCUGGCAAGUUCUCAGCUCCCUUUCACUUCAUCGAUGCCGAGGACAACCCCCCAACCUCAUGCAACGUCGACUAUGACCGAGACUGCGGCAGUGCGGGCUGCUCCAUCUCGGCCAUAGCCAACUACACCCAGCGAGUUGGAGACGGCCGUCUCUCCAAGGCCAACACCGCCGAGGCGCUCAAGUUCCUCGUCCACUUUUUGGGCGACAUUACGCAGCCUCUGCACGACGAGGCCUACGAGGUUGGUGGCAACGACAUCAGCGUCACAUUCCAGGGCUACAGCGACAACCUGCACGCUGACUGGGACACUUAUAUCCCUGAGGCCCUCAUUGGUGGCGACUCCCUGGCCGAUGCUCAGUCCUGGGCCAACUCUCUGAUCAGCGAAAUCACCUCUGGAACGUACAAGUCUCAGGCCGCAAGCUGGAUCAAGGGCGACACCGUCAGCGAUGUCAUCACCACCGCCACUCGCUGGGCCUCCGAUGCCAACGCUUUCGUCUGCACUGUUGUCAUGCCCAACGGCGCUGCUGCUCUGCAGAAGGGCGACCUGUACCCUACCUACUACAACUCCGUCAUUGACACCGUUGAGCUGCAGAUUGCCAAGGGCGGAUACCGUCUGGCCAACUGGCUCAACAUGGUCUACACCUCCAACAUUGCCAAG